GGGGGAGGGGAGGCCCCGGGCGGCCGACCCCGCCCCCCAGCUGGGACCGGCCUCACCCGCCGCGGAUGUGGCGCCGCUGGACCCCGGAGCUGCCCACCCCGGGGCCAGAGGAGGCCAGCGUCGCGGUCCGCAGUUCCCGAACUUCUGCACCCCGUCGUGAGAGAGCCGAAGUCCAAGCGCGCGGACCCCAGAUAUCCAGGUGCCCAGCGCCCUCUCCUGGAGAAGCCGGAGUCUGGGGCAUCGACCCCGGCGGUCCUGAAAGCGGAGCCUCCUGCUCGGAGAGAUCAGCAUCCCAGACCAGAGACCCCCCGAGGCCCCCCGAAGGUCGCGGGCAGGACUCCGGGUCGGAGAACUAGGGCGUACGCACUCCUAGUGCCCGAGCGGGUCUGUUCAGGGCUGAAGUGGUCCAGGAAUUUGGGACACCGCCCCCCCCGCCCCUGCGCUCUCCUCUGGACGGAGUUCGCCCCCGGCCCCAGAGUUCGCGGAAGCCGAAUGCGGGUCCCCGACGGCCCUGUCUAGAAGACGCUAGAACUUAGCUCCCCAUCUCCACCAUCUGAGACGCAAGAGCAGCGUCCCUACUUAGAGGACCAAGAAAUUUCGACACUGUACCCCAUGCUUCGACAGACCCCAGAUUCCGGCUCCCGGAGCCUGGGAGCCCCGAAGUUCACGCUCCUGACCUGUAGAGCCCCGCGAUUCGGCUCUGCGCCUCCCUUGAGGUCGUGUUAGAGUCGGAUCGGAACCCGGCUGCCUUGACUCGGGGCUGGAGACUCCCUGGGAGUUCCUCGGGGCAGGGGGGGGGCCCCUCUAGAUGCUCAGCCCCCAGUCUGAAGGGUCCAAGCACGGAGUCUUUCUGCAGAGCGCUGCGGAGCGCCCAGUCAUGCCCGAGGGAGCCCGCGGACCAAGCGAGUGCAAAACCAGCCCCAGCCCCGGGCGCGCCCGAGGUGAAGUGUGUGAUUGUGCAGCUGGGCGUGACUUUUGCUCAGCAGCCCCCACAGCCCCUGCCAUGGCCUCUCCCCGAGGUUCUGGGAGCUCCACAUCCCUGAGCACAGUGGGCUCUGAGGGAGACCUGGCCCCAGGGCCCACCCCAGCCUGCUCAGCCUCCAGACCAGAGCCCCCGCCAGGACCCCCCAUUCGCCUGCAUCUGUCACCCAUGGGGACCCAGGGCUCAGCGAAACUGUCAAGGCUGGAGCGUGUGGCCCGUGAAAUUGUGGAGACAGAGCGGGCCUACGUCCGGGACCUCCGCAGCAUUGUGGAGGACUACCUGGGCCCUUUGCUGGACGGUGGGGUUCUGGGACUGAGUGCAGAGCAGGUGGGCACCCUCUUUGCCAACAUCGAGGACAUCUACGAGUUCAGCAGCGAGCUCCUGGAGGACCUGGAGGGCAGCAGCAGUGCCGGGGGCAUCGCUGAGUGCUUCGUGCAGAGGAGCGAGGACUUUGACAUCUACACAUGGUACUGCAUGAACUAUCCAAGCUCCCUGGCCCUCUGCUGUAACCUGAGUGUGAGUGAGAAUCCUCGGGACCCCCUAGGGUUCAAGGUGUCUGAUCUGACCAUUCCGAAGCACAGGCACCUGCUGCAGGCCAAGAACCAAGAAGAGAAGAGGCUGUGGAUUCACUGUCUCCAGCGCCUCUUCUCUGAGAACCACCCUGCCUACUUCCCUGCCAAGGCAAAACAAGUUCUCCUUGAAAACAGCCUGCACUGUGCUCCUAAAAGUAAGAACGUCCCAGAGCCCCUGACACCCCCACUUGGAUCUCCCCGCCCUCGAGAUGCUAGGAGUUUCACUCCUGGACGAAGGAACACAGCGCCGUCUCCGGGACCCCCCUCUCGCCGCAGCCGCAGACAGUCUGAGCCUGUGAAAGACCCCUUUGUCACGUUUUCCCAAAACUCUAAGCCUAGACUUAAGCAUGCUGGCAGUGAGGGGGAGCUCUACCCCCCCUUAGAACCUCAGUCACCAGUUCCAGCCCCCGGGCCUCCUGAGGACCUGGAGGACCCUGGGCCCCCCAUGCUGGAGCCUCCUGGGACGACCUCUAUCACUGAAGAAAUCCUGGAACUGCUGAGCCAGAGAGGCCUCCGGGACCCAGGGUGCUCACUGCAGCCACCCCCUUGCGACAUUCCCAAGUUCUCCGGAGACGCCCAGCUGCCAGGCCGCUGCGAAACGCUCGCAUUCCAAGCCCUGCCCAUCCGGGACUCUUCAGAAGAGGAGGAAGAAGAGAGGGAGGUGGAUGAACGGGGGCCUUCUCCGCUCCACGUCCUUGAGGGGCUUGAAGGUUCCAGUGUGGCCGAAAUGCCCGACAUGCCCGGCCUCCCCACAAUUCCUGAUGUGCCCAGCCUUCCUGAAAUGCCCAGAACUCCGCGCCUGCCCAGCCCCCCUGACAUUCCCAGUGGCUUUGAGACACCCCGCCUCCCAGCCGUCGCCAGCGUGCCUGACGCCCCGGGCCUUUGCGCUGCUCCCGCGCUUCCCCGGGGCGCCUGGCUGCAGGGCCCUCCGCAGGGGCCUGCCGAGGCUCUGGCCACCAGGAGAGAACUGUUCCCUGGAAGCAGUUCUGGAAAACUGGGAGCAGCCCCUUCAGGAAGCAUGGCGGAGCAGGAGGAGGAGGAAGGGGUAUCAUUUCCAGAUUUCCAGCCCCAGGCUGUCACCCGAGAUCAGGGGUUCCCGGAGGAGCUGGAAUUCCGUUCUUGCUCAGAAAUUCGGAGCGCCUGGCAGGCCCUAGAGCAGGGGCAGCUGGUCCGGCCAGGUUUCCCAGAGCCGCUGCUCAUCCUCGAAGAUUCUGAUCUGGGUGAAGGCAGCAAGGGUGGGCCGGCCGGCGCGCAGCGCUCGGAGAGGGCGGCGUCUCGAGUGCGGGAGUUGGCCCGACUUUACAGCGAGCGGAUCCAGCAGAUGCAGCGGGCUGAGACCCGGGCGUCCGCCAACGCCCCCCGCCGCCGGCCACGGGCUCUGGCCCAGCCCCAGCUGCCCCCCUGCCAGCCCUGGGAGCAGGCCGAGCCAGCGCCCCCGCCUGCCUUCGGACACGUGCUGGUGUGCGAGCCGGCCUUCCCGCUGACCUGUACGCAGGAAUCGGUCUCCCUGGGCCCUGCUGCCCGCGUUCAAGCUGCUACGCCUCUGUCGAAGCCGGCAGACUGCCUGCGUGGCCAGGGGCGAUGCGUCUCCAGUUUACCGGAGCCGGACCACCUAGGCCCCCCAAUUCCAGCCGCUCCCCCUUUGCCUGAGCAAGGCAGCCUCUGGAACGCCCAGGUUCCAGCCAGCACACCUGCACCCAAGCAGGACGGCCCCCCAGACACCCAGGUUCCAGCUCUCCCUGCUGUGCCUGGUCAAGAAGGCCACCUGCCCGUCCACGCCCCAGCUCCUGGUCCCCUGCCUGAGUGCGGACACGUCCCACUGGCCACCAUAUCUCCUGAGCAAGGCUCCCCCGUGGACACCCAGGUUCCAGCCACACCAGCGUUGCCCAUGCCGGAGAGUGACCCUGCCACCCUGGUUUUAGCCACCACUCCUGUGCCCCAGCAGCACGGCCACCUAGACAGCCAGAGCCCAGCCAGCACCCCACACGAGGAGCUGGAAGGUUCUGGUGAUGUUCCGUCCCCUGCCACAGCCUGCAAAUCCCCCAUGAAGCCUCCUCUUGUGCCUGGAAGCAGCCUGGACCAUCUGGGCCCCACCAGCAGCUCACCACUCCUGCAGCCAGAUCUCAACACUCAGGCUCUGGGCACCUCACCUCUGCCUGCACGCGGAGGCCACCUGGACCACCAGGUCCCAGCCAGCACGCCUCCGUCCGUACCCCCAGACCUGUCAUGCGGGCAGGUUCCAGCUGCAGGGCCUUUGCCCCAGCCGCGAGACCUCACCGACGCCCGGGCUGCGGCGCUCCCACCGCUGCCGGAGGAGAGAGGCCUCCCGGACGCCCAGGCUGUGGCCGCUGCCCCUUUGCUGCCAGAGCAGAGCCUCGCAGACCUCCACGCCGUAGCUGCCACCCCUGCGCCUGAGCAGGGAGGCUCUCAGGAUCCCCAGGGCCUGUCUUCCCUCCAGAGUCACACCACCAUGGUUGUGUUCAAGCCAGCAGGCCACUCCGUCUCUCAGGCUCCCAGGUCAGAGUGUUCAGACUUGACGCCACCUCACAGUCCCCCGCUCCCCACUCGGCAGCUCCUGGGCCCCAAUGCUGCUGCCCUGUCAAGGUACCUGGCAGCCUCAUAUAUCAGCCAGAGCCUGGCAAGGCGGCAAGGGGCUGGCGGAGAUGCACCCCCAGCCUCCCGCGGCCCCUGGUCCUCUUCUGCCCCCACGUCACGGGCACCUUCACCGCCACCCCAACCCCAGCCCCCUCCACCCCCGGCCAGGCGGCUCAGCUAUGCCACCACAGUCAACAUCCAGGUAGGGGGCGGGGGGCGCCUACGGCCAGCCAAGGCCCAGGUCCGGCUGAACCACCCUGCUCUCUUGGCCCCCACCCAGGAAUCUGCGGGCCUUCGCCGGGCCCAGGGGGCACCUGAUGCUCCCCCGUUCCACAUGUGAACCAGCAUGUCAGGCUUGAAAAGCAAGGACUGUAACCAGGUGCCACAGACCCUCAGGACUUCACCCAGAGGUCCAGACACCGAACGCAGUUCUAAAAAUUGCUGCAACUUUGCAACUCCCAGGAUCUGCUUUGGUAAAGGACCCUUAUUCCUUAAAUGCCACGGGAUGGGCCCGGGGUAUCAUUAAUAUUAAUAACGAGAAGUUGUGUGUCAUUUCCCACCGUGGGUGGGGGAUGGAAGACGAAUGGGAAGGUCUGGCAGCUCAAAUCAGUGGUGCUGAAAAUUUGGGGGGACUCUCAGUUUUAAGAAGUGUGCUGGACAGGCCCAGUAUAAUUUGGUAUGUGAUUUCAGAGGAUUUAUAAUGCCUGAUGCCUAACCAGAAAAGGUAACAAGUUUUGUUUCAACAA